CUGAGUUGAGCAUCGAAAAUGGUUGCGUUUUGUGGGGCAGUAGAGUAAUCAUACCGCCACAGGGUCGUCACGCUAUGUUGUGUCAGCUGCAUGAGGGUCAUUUUGGUGUGGCCCGCAUGCAAAGUUUUGGCAGGAUGCACUUCUGGUGGCCGGGCUUUGACCAGGACGUAGAGAGGAUGGCUGCAGGAUGCCGUAGCUGCCAACGCUGGAGGAAUGCGGCGCCUCCAACGCCUCUGCAUCCAUGGGAGUGGCCCCGCUCUCCCUGGCAACGGCUCCAUGUCGACUAUUGCGGACCUGUCAACGGGGUGAUGCUUCUUGUCAUCAUCGAUGCUCACACGUGACGCAGCAGUCUCCCGCUGAGAUGCUCCUCGGCCGGCCAAUGCGGACUCAGCUGGACCUGCUGCGUGAAGACGCCAGACGGAGCGUGAUGGAGGCGUACCAGAGGAAGCAGAAGGCUCAGUAUGACGUGAGAGCACAGCCUCGCAUAUUCCAGACGUGUCGGUGCCGAACCACGAGUACCGGCGGACGAUGGUGCCAGAUGAGCCUCCGGACUCCUCUGCUCUGGACAGCGCCGCUCACGCCGUCGCCGGAGAAUCCAGAGACGCGACUGUGGGCGGUGCGGAGGCGUCAGAGACCGGCGCCCUCCCCUCUGAGAAGUGCGCGGACGUCGGACGACAUCCCUCGACGUCGUCGCCGUCUCCGCCGUCGCGGUUCGAGGCUGCGACCGCUUCUGCGCCGGUGCCGCGUCGUUCAGCGCGGGAGAGGCGUUGCCCAGUGCGAUUCCGGGCGGGGCAGUCUAAUCCUGUGGGGGAGGAGUGUGGUGACUUGAUUAAAUCAAAUGCGUG